CCCUGGGGAGGCCUGCUGGGCGGAGCUCGCUCAGCGGACGUUAGAGUUCAGCGCGCCGCCGGGUGGUCCACAAGCUGGCUGUGGUGGAUCUCGGGCCCGGUGGCCUGAGGUCCGUGAACAGCCACCAUGUCGAUCUUCACCCCCACCAACCAGAUCCGCCUGACUAACGUGGCCGUGGUACGGAUGAAGCGCGCGGGGAAACGCUUCGAGAUCGCUUGCUACAAGAACAAGGUCGUCGGCUGGCGGAGCGGCGUGGAAAAAGACCUUGAUGAAGUUCUGCAGACCCAUUCAGUGUUUGUAAAUGUUUCCAAAGGUCAGGUUGCCAAGAAGGAAGACCUCAUCAGUGCAUUUGGUACAGACGACCAGACUGAAAUCUGUAAGCAGAUUUUGACUAAAGGAGAAGUUCAAGUAUCAGAUAAAGAAAGACAUACACAGUUGGAGCAGAUGUUUAGAGACAUUGCUACCAUUGUGGCAGACAAAUGUGUGAACCCUGAAACAAAGAGACCUUACACUGUUAUCCUUAUCGAGAGAGCCAUGAAGGACAUCCACUAUUCAGUCAAACCUAACAAGAGUACCAAACAGCAGGCUUUGGAAGUGAUCAAGCAGCUGAAGGAGAAGAUGAAAAUAGAACGUGCUCACAUGAGACUUCGCUUCAUCCUCCCAGUGAACGAGGGGAAGAAGCUGAAAGAGAAGUUGAAGUCACUAAUCAAGGUGGUAGAAAGUGAAGACUAUGGUCAGCAGCUGGAGAUUGUGUGUCUGAUCGACCCAGGCUGCUUCAGGGAAAUCGAUGAGCUAAUACAAAAGGAAACUAAAGGCAAGGGGUCUUUGGAAGUGCUCAGUCUGAAAGAUGUGGAAGAAGGAGAUGAGACAUUUGAGUGACAUUCUUCGGUGUUUUAUUUCCAGUUGAACCAGUGUAUAUCUGAUCUGCUAAAGCGAUGUCAUUGUCCGUCCUGUGUUAAACACAUCAGUGUAAUGUGGGAGUGAUUUCAUUUUAAUUGUAAGUUGAGGUUUCAGGCAAAAAUGGAAAACCCAAAAUAUAAAGUCCAGAGUAGCACUUGGCUACUGUCUCAUGUUUUUUUGGUUUUUUGGUUUCUUCAAAAGGAAAGUUAGAGGUGACUCUUACAGAUGAAGAGUAAAUUGGGUAAAUAUAUAAGAUUACGGGAGUGUGUCGCAAAAGGAGUGACUAUCGUGUCCUACUAUAAACUUGGAUGAUGACUUCCUGAUUUUCUAGAUCUAUAAUGACUAUUCAGGACUUAAAUAUUUAAUUUUCAUCAAACAUGCUACCACUACUUAUUCUUGGUAAAAUAUAAAGUCAUUUAUUACUAAUUCCUAAAGUUUAUAAUAUAUGUUAAUAUAGCUAAAAUUAUAUGUAAUCAAUAAAACUACUAUUAUUUUUA